CGUAACGCGGAAACAAAGACACGUCGCCGGAACAGUGACGGAGACGUACACAGGAAGUGUGGCGUUGUUUUUGCGUUUCCGUCGAACAGAAUCAGUAAGAUUGUGUUUUCAUCGUUAUGUGGCUUUAGUUAGGAGCUUUCAGCGUACAACAUUAUAUCGUAGACAAACUUAAAUACGCGAAAUGCCGAAAGUCGUGUCCAGGAGUGUGGUGUGUUCAGACACCAGAGACAGAGAAGAGUACGAUGACGGUGAGAAGCCUCUUCACGUCUAUUACUGUUUGUGCGGCCAGAUGGUUCUGGUGCUGGACUGUCAACUGGAGAAACUACCCAUGAGGCCCAGGGACAAGGCCAGGGUAAUCGACGCGGCCAAACAUGCCCAUAAAUUCUGCAACGUGGACGUGGACGAGAACACAUACAUCAAGAGACCUGAUGGCAUCGAGAAGCAACACCGCAAGAAAUGUGGAAAGUGUGGACUGUUUCUGUUCUACCACCAUCAGGACAAAAACAGCCCGGCCACGUUUAUCGUGGACGGAGCUGUGGUCAAGUUCGGACAGGGCUUCGGCAACACCAGUGUGUACAGUCAGAAGCCGCCAGAGGCUCCCAAGAAAGUCCGUGUGAUGAUGACCAAGAGGACAAAGGACAUGGGCAAGUUCAGCUCCGUCACGGUGUCCACCAUAGACGAGGAGGAGGAGGAGAUAGAGGCCCGGGAGGUGGCCGACUCCUACGCCCAGAACGCCAAAGUGAUCGAGAAGCAGUUGGAGAGGAAGGGCAUGAGCAAGAGGAGGCUGCAGGAGUUGGCUGAGCUGGAGGCCAAGAAGGCAAAGAUGAAGGGGACACUUAUUGACAACCAGUUUAAAUAGAGAGCCCAUUUCAUGUCGAGUGAUCUAGUCACAUGCAGGGAGCACAGACAUAGGUGUAUUGUACUGUUUCCCAGAUACUGCUUCUUUAGGUUGUUAUAAUUCACUUUGUCGGUUCGGUUUAAACCAAACUCUGAAGCAUUUACUUCAUCGGAACAGUUUAUUUUUUUGGUGUAAAUCAGGAGUUGAACUCUCAGAGACUGAUUCCUCGUGAGCACCGGACUGGACUGUGUUUGCUUUAAACUGUCUUUUGUGAUUACUAUUAUUAUGAUUAUAAAUAUUUAGCAAAAUUGCUAUAGAAACUCCUCCGACCCUGUUAUGUUGUUUAUUAUUAUAAGUUCCCUGAUGUUCUCCCAUCACUUAAACAUUUAAAUUACAGGUUCAGUAAAGUCAACAGAUCCAUUCAGAUGAUUGGAUUUAACAGUCACAUAUAGGGAUUCUCUAGUUAUAGUUUUAUAGACCACCUAACAAAUGUUUGUUAUGGAGUGUUAGCGUACUCACUGUACAGUGACUCAGAACAGCGCAUAGAGCACAAAAUGACAGACUGAAGGUUGUAAAUAUCUAUAUUUCUGGGGACAUGUGAUGUUGAAAACAAUGUUGUGAGUUUUGGUAAGAUGGUGAUCUUUGGAAGAGAAUUCUUUGUGUUUUUUAUGCUUUCUGCAAAAGUUUGACACAGAAUAAACUAUUUUUCGCUAUUAAAAAA